AUGACUUCUUCCACACGUACUGAUUCUGCUCAUGCAAAAAUUAUCCCCAAACCCACUUUUGGCUCCCUUUUCAUUAAUACUUGUUGUCUAUUAAUAACUUCAUGGGGUCUCAAAUGGGCUACUACGAUUAUACUACCACCAAGUCUAAGUAAAGCCGGCCAUAAACAAUUUUUGACUAAUAUCUCAGUCAUCGUUACCAUGGCAAAUAAUGUCAUCAACAUUUUAAAUUGGUUCAUUCAGAGAUUUUCACAAUCAGUAGAACUCUCCCAUAGGUUCGAUUUCAUUAGUAGACAUCUCACUUUACCAAUAGCUUUGGUGUUGGAGUCUAUCGUCCCAGUAGUUUACUGGCCAUUGAGACUCUUUGCAUUGAAACUCAUCAUGCAGAACGUACCGGAACAUAUAUCACCUAUUCCAAUCCCUGUAGAUAUAUCCAUCCAUUUGGUACCAAUCGUUUUCCUUUUAGGUGACCAUUACCUCUCUGGAUCAGGGUUGAAAUUCAAAAUUUCCAACUUUAAGGCAUGGCUCCUUGUAACGUUGUUAGGCGCCGCUUAUUACAAGUACUUACAAGUUUUGAUUGAUCCAUCAAGAGGUCAAGUAUAUCCUUAUCCAUUCCUAGAUGUGAACGAACCUUAUAGAUCUGUUAUUUUCGUUAUUGUCAGUUCUGUAGGCUGGGGUUUCUACACUCUUUAUCAAAACUUCCCUCCAAAGGCUCUCAAACCUUAUAUUUCCUCUAAGAAGGAAUACUAA